AUGAAGAUCGUGGGUGAAAAAUCGUCGCCAAAUAAAGACAUUGAAAAGUAUCUGGGAUUGAAUUUGAAGAUGCUGUCUUGCAUCGGCUUGGACGUAUCGCUAGAGAACGAUGACGUCAUCCAGGAAAGAAGGAUUUUAGAAAAAAUGCCGAUUUUCAUGACGAAUGGAUUGGGGAUAUUCGCUGCGAUAUUACAAAUCUCUCUCAUCACAGACUCAAUGACUCACAACAGGAUGUUUUUGGCGACGCAAGUCAGCAGUCAUCUGUUUUCCAACAUGCUGUGCAUAAGCAAGGGCUAUCAACUGGCAACGGCUAUCGCAAAGUUGGGAGAAAUACUGCGAGAAAUAGCCUUGAUUUGGAAGCAAAAUCCUCUGAACGAUGAAUUUCACCGCAAUAUUCUAAGCGAUGCUGCAAAAACACUUCUGUUCUGCAAGGUUUUCGUCGUCGUUACUCUAUGCGCCGUAUUUGGCUUCGGUUUGCCACCACUUCAGAAUUUAUUUUUCCAAUAUCUUCAUGCUCGUAAUUCAGCAAACCACACAUAUGACUACUCCCAGAGAGUUUUCAUAAUUGAAUAUCCAUUUCCAAUCCAAGAUGUACUAACGUAUUCCUCCGUACUGUUAGAAGAAGAGUAUUUGCUUCUCGCAUCAGGACUGUAUUGGGUUUGCUGCGAUACCUUAUUCGCGCAGCUAACAACUCACAUAUCUCUGCAAUUAGAGAUAUUGCAGUAUGAUAUAGAAACACUGAUCAAUCGCGAGAGCGCAGAAGACCGUUUGAACGAAAAUUUUAUUAUCAUCGUUAAGAGACAUCGCAAGCUGUUAAGCAUUUGCGAACUGAUUGAGAGCGUGUUUAGUCCGGUAAUAUUAACAACAGUUGUUCUCUCAGGGAUGAACAUUUGCAUGAAUGUUUUCGAAUUGAGCAAGACGAUUUCUGAAGGGAACUAUGCAGAAGCAGCGCUUCAUGCUUUUCUUUUUAUGAAUACAUUCCUUCAGAUUGUUUUUUAUUGUACUUUUGCUGAGAAGUUAACUGAACAGACCAGCUUCGUAGCGAAUUCAAUUUAUAAUUGCAAGUGGACAGAGAAGAAUUGCAAAUUUAGAGUAUAUCUUCAAAUGCUCAUUAUAAGAUCUCAAAAUCCGUUUUAUUUUACGGCAUAUGGAUUUUUUCCAAUUGGUCAUAAACGACUAACAACGGUCAUUAAUACAGCAUUUUCAUAUUACAUGAUGCUCCAAACAACAAGUUAG